AUGGCACAGCGAGAAAAGGCACACGAGCCCAACUCUGAUGACCUGAGCUCAAUCCUGAACCAAUGUGCCUCCACCAUGUCCAUUUGCUCUGAGCCCCGCACUGAGUCCUCCUGGCAGAUCGAGGACUGUCCAGAGAGCUGCUGUGAGCCUAGCUGCUGUGCCCCCAGCUGUUGCCAGCCCAGCUGCUGUGUCCCCAGCUGCUGCCAGCCCAGCUGUUGUGUCCCCAGCUGCUGUGUCCCCAGCUGCUGCCAGCCCAGCUGUUGUGUCCCCAGCUGCUGUGUCCCCAGCUGCUGCCAGCCCAGCUGUUGUGUCCCCAGCUGCUGUGUCCCCAGCUGCUGCCAGCCCAGCUGCUGUGCCCCAGCCCCCUGCCUGACCCUCAUCUGCACCCCAGUGAACUCUGGGUCCGGCCCUUGCUGCCAAUCUGCCUGCAGCAGCUGCUGCACACCCUCAUGCUGCCAGCAGUCUAGCUGCCAGCCCUCAUGCUGCACCUGCUCUCCUUGCCAACAGUCCUGCUGUGUGCCUGUCUGCUGCAAGCCUGUCUGCUGCACACCCAUCUGUUCUGGCUCCUCAUGCUGCCAGCAGUCUAGCUGCCAGCCAGCUUGCUGCACCUGUUCUCCUUGCCAGCCAUCCUGUGUGACACUGUGCUGCAAGCCUGUCUGCUGCACACCCAUCUGCUCUGGAUCCUCCUCAUGUUGCCAGCCCUCAUGCUGUCAAUCCUCCUGCUGCAAGCCCUGCUCCAGCGUGUCCCUGAUCUGCCGCCCUGUGUGCAGACCCGCCUGCUGUGUGCCCAGCUCCUCCUGCUGUGCCUCCUCCUGCCAGCCCAGCUGCUGCAAGCCCUGCUCCAGCAUGUCCCUGAUCUGCAGUCCUGCAUGCUCCCGCCAAGCCUGCUGUGGCCUCUCCUUGGGCCAGAAGUCCAGUUGCUGA